AGCUUGUCCUCUAAGUUUCACAUUUUUAAUAUUUAGUAACUAAUAAAAAACUAAGCUUCAGAGAAUAUAUAAAGACCAUAUCCAAAGCAUUUCAAGGAAAGUCUUCAAUCUUUUGUAUCUACAUAUUUCUCUUAAGAGGAAACUUCUUGGUUUGUUACUUUGCUUCAUAGAUUUUGCUAUAUUCUGAUUCUGAGUAUUACUUCAACUCCAUUCACUAAACCAUCCAUUAGAUUCUUCUGUAUCUUCAUAUAAAGCUUUGCUCUGUUUGUUUACCAUCAUCUUGCCUCUAGAAAUCGAAAACAAGAUGUUUCUUUGGUGCUUCAAACCCAAGUUCUACAAGAAAAGUAAAUCUACAACAAGCUACAUGAAGAUUAGGCUUGAUAUAGUGAGGAAAAAAAGGAUUGCAAUGGUUAAAAAUUAUAAAACAGAUAUUGUGAAUUUCCUCAAUAAUGGCCAAGAUAUUGAAGCUUAUAAAAGAACAGAACUAUUACUCGAAGAGCUUAGAAUAAUAUCGUGCUACGAUCUCAUCGAGCGAUUCUGCGAUUGUAUCUCUGAAAAUCUCUCACUAAUGCUGAAGAAAAGGGAAUGUCCUGAAGAAUGCAGAGAAGCUGUUUCCUCUUUGAUAUAUGCAACGGCAUGGGUUCCUGAUGUUCCUGAACUUAAAGAUCUUAGAGCCGUGUUUACGCGUAGAUUUGGGACUUUCAUUGCUUCAUCUGUAAAUCAUGAGCUCGUUGAGAAAACUGAAUUGCGAAGACUUCCUUCACGGGAACUCAAGAUUCAAACAGUGAAAGAUGUUGCGAAUGAGUUUUCGAUCAAUUGGGAUCCUACACCUCUGAAAAUAAUGCUGCUCAGGGAGAGUUCAGCUCUGCAGAUUAAGGACAAGGUCGAGACAAGAGCAGAUUAUCUGAACAAAGAUACAGAGAAAAGUAUGAUAGAUGACCAAAGCGAGGAUGAAUCGGUUCUUUCAGAGAGUUGGAGAAGAGAUUCAUUGUCCAAAGGCAGUUUGAGUUCUAGUUCAAGCUCGAGCUCGAGUUCUCUAAGAAGAGAAUCUGUAAGGAAGAAGAAGAGGAAGAAGAUUUUACCUUACGGAAUAAUCACUCCUCCAGGAGCUGGAAACGAUGAGAAAGCACAAGAGGAGAAAGAAGAGAAUAGCAAGAGUAUUGAUCAAGAAAACUCGAGGUUACUUGGAAUACAAGGCGGUAGGAGUCUCACAAGCACAAGCAAUAACGAAGUUUCCACAACACGAGGGAACGAGAGAACGUCGUCGUUUCAGAGACCUAAGCUCCUUGAUUAUGAUGAUGUGGUGGCUCGACUUGCAGCUCUGCACCGGAGAUAAGAGAAAACUAAUUAGGGUUUCUCUUCGUAGUUAAGCUUAUAUUGCUAAUUAAUUUUACUAAUUAGAUUUUCGUUGAAUAUGUUAUUAUCUUUUUUUCUUUCUAGGGGUCAAGUUAUUAUCCUUAUGACUUUGUAAAUUAGUCCAGUAGUUGAAUCUUUGCACAGAAAAAAAGGGAAAGUUCAAUGGAAGAACUGACCCCUAAAAAAUCUUUUGUUCGAUUUUAAUCUUAUGAUUAUACUAAUUGUUAUAUUUUA